AUGAUAUCAACCAAUAAGAAACGUGAAGAAACAUCAAGUAAAACAUAUACAGUUGAACGUUUGCUUAAACAACGUAAACGAAAAGGUCGUAUUGAAUAUUUAGUAAAAUGGAAACAUUAUGAUAAAAGUCAUAAUUCAUGGGAACCCGAAGGAAAUAUUCUUGAUAAAUCUCUGAUUGAUAGUUAUAAAAAACAAAUAAAAUCUACAUCUCGACGUACUUCAUCACCAAAAAAAUCUAUACGAAAUCAAAAUGAUGAUUUAUCAUCUGUGAAAAAUGAUUCUAUUCAUGAUUGUAAUGAGCAAUUAGAAAAAGAAGAUGAUAAUAAUAAAGAAGAUGAUAAUAAUAAACAAGAAAAAAUCAUAAAUUCAACUUCAAUUGAUUAUUGGUAUCCACCACCAAUAUGUGAACAAAAAGCAAAAAUUGCAAUAACUGAUAUUACAUCUGAUAAUGUUACAAUUACAUUUCGUGAAUUAAUUUGA